UCCUCCCGGUCGCAUCGGUUGAGCGCGCGCCCGGCAGCCCCGACUUCUGACGUUGCAACCGCUCGCGACCCUCAGCGUCCCGGAGGAGGGGCUGGGCAGAGCCGCAGGUUUGGGCCGGUGAGUAGCUACCGCCGCCACACCGCAGCCUGCCCACUUCCCGCCCCGUCCUCGCCCUCGCCGAGGCAAAAGAAUGCCAAGAAGAAAGAAGAAAAGUAAAGAAGCCUGUGAAUCUGAGAACCUGGAGAAGAAAGAUGCAGAAACUACCAGUCCUGGCAGUGUGAAGAGGAAGCGUAGACUUGAGGAGGCAUUCAUUGUGAUAUCUGAUAGUGAUGGAGAGGAACCAAAGGAGGAGAAUGGAUUACAGAAAAUGAAGACAAAACAGUCGAAUAGAGCAAAAUGCUUGGCUAAAAGAAAAAUUGCACAGAUGACAGAAGAAGAACAGUUUGCUUUGGCUCUCAAAAUGAGUGAACAGGAAGCCAGAGAAGUGAACAGCCAGGAGGAAGAAGAAGAGGAGCUCUUGAGGAAAGCCAUUGCUGAAAGUCUGAAUAGUUGCUGGCCUUCUGAUGUUUCUGCUACCAGAUUUCGACCUCUGGCCACUGGACCAUCUUCACAUUCCUACCAAGAGAAAACCACAGACUCUGGGACUGGGACUACUGAAGGCAUAUGGCAGCUGGUACCUCCAUCACUGUUUAAAGGCUCACAUAUCAGUCAGGGAAACGAGGCUGAGGAAAGAAAGGAGCCUUGGGACCACACUGAAAACACUGAAGAGGAGCCGGUCUCUGACAGCUCAGGAAGCUGGGACCAGUCAAGCCAGCCAGUGUUUGAGAAUGAGAACGUUAAAUGUUUUGACAGAUGUACUGGCCACUUGGCUGAGCACACACAGUGUGGGAAGCCACAGGAAAGUACUGGGAGGGGUUGUGCUUUUCUCCAAGCUUCCCAGGGCAGGGGGAACACAUCCAGCCACUGUCUGCCUACCCCAGCAGCUGCCAAAGGUCUCCAGGACAUUGGAAGCACUGUGCACUACUUCUGGGGUAUUCCAUUCUGCCCUGCCGGAGUAGACCCUAACCAGUACACCAAGGUCAUUCUCUGCCAGUUGGAGGUUUAUCAAAAGAGCCUAAAGAUGGCCCAGAGGCAGCUCUUUAAAAAAAAAGGGUUUGGGGAACCAGUGUUACCUAGCCCUCCUUCUCUGAUCCAGAAUGAAUGUGGCCAAGGAGAUCAGGCUAGUGAAAAAAAUGAAGGCAUCUCAGAAGAUAUGGGAGAUGAAGACAAAGAGGAGAGGCAGGAGUCUAGGGCAUCUGUCUGGCACUCAAAAACCAAGGAUUUCCAAGAAAGCCCAAUUAAAAGCUUGAAACAGAAACUUUUGUUGGAGGAAGAACCAACAACCAGUCAUGGUCAGUCUUCUCAAGGGCUAUUUGUUGAAGAAACUUCUGAAGAAGGAAACUCUGUACCUGCCUCACAAAGAAUUGCUGCUUUGACCAGUAAGAGAAGCUUAGUCCUUAUGCCAGAGAGUUCUGCAGAAGAAAUCACUGUUUGUCCUGAGACACAGCUGAGUUUCCCUGAAACUCUUGACCUGGAAAGAGACUCUCCAGGUAGUAGAGAGACCCUGGAUGAAGUAAGGCCAAUAAUGGACAGUGAGGAGGCUGAUAAUGGGGAAGGUGCUGAGAAGGAAACGCCUGCUUCUGUCUUCUCAUCCAGUGCCCAGGUGUCUUGCCCACUGUGUGACCAAGGCUUCCCACUCACAAAGAUUGAGCAGCAUGCAAUGUACUGCAAUGGUGUGAAGGAGCAAGGUUCAGUGUUGACUCGUAGACAAAGAGAGGCCAAGAGCAAGAAUAACCAUGGGACAGCUACACAGACUUCUCUGGACAUUGACAAGAAUGAGAAAUGUUAUAUCUGCAAAUCCCUGGUUCCACUCAGAGAAUAUCAGUGUCAUGUAGACUCCUGCCUACAGUUUGCAAGGGGUGACCAAAGAGAUGGGCCUGAAAGGAGUGGCAGAGCAUAUCCAACUGCGCAAGGAAAGCGACCGCAGCGACCGAGGAACCCAAAGGAAAAAGGCCACAAUGAAGGCCGACUCCUCAGUUUUUUGGAACAGUCUGAGCACAAGACUACAGAUGCAGAGAUAAAGACAAAGUCUUCAGAAACAGUAACCUUCAGGUUGCCUUCACUUGGAGUGGAAGAGGCAGGUUGCAGCAGAGAGAUACAGAGUUCUGUCACACAGCUCAACUUAAAUGAGUCUCCCAUCAAGUCUUUUGUUUCUAUCUCAGAAGCCACAGAUUGCUUAGUGGACUUCAAAAAGCAGCUUACUGUCCGGCCAGGUAGCCGGACACGAGCCAAAGCAGGCAGAGGAAGGAGGAGAAAAUCCUGAAUUCCUAGGCUCCUAAGGUUGACAAAGCAUUAGUAAUAGGGGUGGGCCAUAUUCAUUAAGCCUUAGUGGCCUUCAGUUCAUUGUUGGGCAAGUUUUCACCCUACAGUUUUCACCACCAGCACCUACUCAGCAUCCUGGUUUUUAUGUUUUGUAUUAUCUAUACAGACAACUGUGUAUAGUAUUCUGUUUUAUAACAGUCUGUUCAAAUUUACUUAGGUUAAAAGAAAACAAAUAUAUUUAUCUAUGUUUGUAUGAAAUCUUAUUUCAAUAGGUGGGGAUUUU